CAUAAGGUCCAUGUUAAGAGGCAUUGCCUCUGCUGGAACUCACAAACUUUACUACAUAGAAUCAAAGUCUCCAUAUCAGAAGUCUAUUCAAAUACUCCUUGUGAUAAAUUCUGACAGAAUGAAUCCCCAGACUUCUGCAAGUAACUGACAUUUCAACUUAAAAGAGACUUUGUCAAAGUUGGAGGCCCCUAAGUUCCCAUCUGUUCCAAAUCUUUGCGUGAUGACAGUGGUUUCUCUGAUGUGGUAAAUUUUGGUUUCUCUCCAUUUUCUUUCUAAAUGAUCACUGGAGUAGAGAGGAGUUAAACACAUGACCUAUGACCCCUUGCAUGACCUCCACAGAUAUCAAACCAGUAUGUUUGACAGUGUCCUUUUCGAAAAUGAAGUUAAUGAAAGUUAUGACAGUAAUGGUUACUUUCUGAUAUUGUUUGGAUUUAGGAAAUCUUAGGAUAAAUAGAAUAAGCAUGGCUCUAUGUUUUUGCUGUAGACGAAAAGCCGCAGCAUGUAUGUUGUAUUUGAACACAAGCCUCACCUCCAUCAGUGUAUUGAACUACUAAUGUUAGUAUGGAGCAGUCUAUUUACUUUCUGGCGUUUACAAAUCGAGGAUACUUCAAAAAGUUUGUGGGAAAAUAGUAUGGAAAGGCACUCACAGUCUCCUUGGGAAGAGAGGAUCCAUGGAUAGACCCACUAGGGAGCUCCCUCCUGAUGGGCCUGCAGACGAGUGAUGUACUGGAAUGCCUGUGAGUGACUUCACAGAGCAAGGAUUCUCUUCAUGGACCCUUCUCUGCUGCCUCUCGGAAUCCAGACACUGAGGAAAUCCCUAAGCAGAGAUUUUCUGUUGGAUGGUAAAAGGAAGGAAUAAAAAUAGAAAGUUUGGAAAAUGUCUCAACUCUUUCACAAGAACCGCAUGAGAACCAUGUCUAGCUCACUGUUUGAUUCUGCAUCGGUGGCAUUCUAUGAGAAAUUCAAGAAAUUUAAGAGAAAAGAUGAUCAGUUUCAGUCAUUUGUAAAAAGAGUCAUUACGAGUCAUCUGUUUCAGAUAAUUAUGAUUAGCACUGUCUCAAUGAAUGCCUGUUUUAUAGUCCUGUGGACCGAUUAUAAAAUAAGAUAUCGCUUGUUCAGACUUUAUGAGACCUCAGAGAUUAUGUUUGUGUCCAUCUGCACCUGUGAGUUCUUCAUGAAGGUCUAUGUGGACCCCAUCCACUACUGGAAGGAUGGCUACAACCUGCUGGAUGUGAUCAUUCUCAUCAUUAUCUUCAUCCCCUAUUCCCUCCGUGAGAUGCAGGGAAACUACUACCCCUACCUCAACAUUGCUGAUGGCAUCCAGUCCCUGCGAGUCCUCAAGCUUAUCACCUAUAGCCGGGGCAUCCGGACGCUCAUCACUGCCCUGGGUCAGACAGUCUACACCGUGGCCGCUGUGCUCAUCCUGUUCUUCGUUCUGAUGUACAUCUUUGCUAUCUUGGGCUUCUGCCUGUUUGGAGUUCCAGAGAGGGGUGACCAGGACAACUGGGGGAACCUGGCCGUGGCUUUCUUCACCCUCUUCAGCUUGGCCACGGUCGAUGGCUGGACAGACCUGCAGGAGCAGUUGGACAACCGGAAUUUGGUUCUGAGCCGGGCAUUCACCAUCAUCUUCAUCUUGCUUGCCUCCUUCAUCUUCCUCAACAUGUUCGUGGGCGUGAUGAUCAUGCACACUGAGGACUCCAUCAAAAAGUUUGAGAGAGAUCUGAUGCUGGAGAGGCACGUGACACUUAUGGAGGAGAAGCAGGUGAUUCUGAAGCGGCAGCAGGAGGACGUCAGCAGGCUGAUGCAGACACAGAAAAGUGUUGACUAUAAAAGUUUCAGUGAGCUGGUGGAGAACUUCAAGAAGACCCUGAGGCACACUGACCCCAUGGUCUUAGACGACUUUGGCACUAGCAUGCCCUUCAUCGACGUCUACUUGUCGACUUUGGACAACCAGGACACUACUAUCUACAGGCUUCAAGAGUUGUACUAUGAGAUUGUGCACGUGCUGGGCCUGAUGCUUGAAGACUUGCCCCAGAAGAAGCAGUCCUGGUCCUUGGAAAACAUUGAUGAGAAGUAGUGGAGUGUGGGGGUGCCCAGGCACUGGGGACCU